CGCCGGCCCGGCCGGCCGCCUGUCAGAAGGAGGCGGAGGGCGGGAGGCAGGGAUGGUGCGGCUGCGGGCGUCGGCGUCUCCGUCUCCGUCUCCUUCUCCGUUCCGGUCUCUCGGCUUGACUCGUCUCGGCUGGACUCGGGGCCGGACGCCGCGCUUACCCCCAGCGCUAGCGCGCGAGUGACCGCCUGACUGAAUGAAUGACCGGCCGGGGCCGCCGCUGCCGCGCGCGCCAUGAGAAGCCUGCCCAGCUUGGGGGGCAUCGCCCUGCUCUGCUGCUGCGUGGCCGCCGCCGCCACCACCUCAGUCCCCACCACAGCCUCCGCCUCCCCCGCCGCCUCUGCCGCUGGGACGGUACCAACCCCCUCAGGCGGACGGGACCGCGCCCCCUCGCCUCCCCCCUCCGGAGCCGCCGACGCUGGCGGUGACGGGGAACUGGACCGGAGUGCUGCGAAGCAGGUGGAGGAGCCGGACAGUCACGCCCCCAUCACGGUCAGCGCGACCGCCAGUCCAGCGGCAGAGGGGACCCCUGAGCUCGAGCCGGAGCCCACGCCCCGCGGGACCGAGGCCGCCCCCACGGGCCCCAGCAACGCCCUGACCACAGCCCCCCAGGUCCUGACCCCGACCCCAACUUUGAUUCCGACUACGACGACCCAGAUCGUGGCUACGACGCAGACAGCGACCCUGACCUUGACCCCGUCUGUGCUCUGGAGCAGCCCUUCGCCCACCCCACCUGCGGACCAGCCUGGCAAGCCCGCCAGCCCCACGCCCAGAGAACACAUGUGUAACUGCAGUAUGGUUGGGAGCCUGGAUGGAAAUCGAUGCAACCAAACCACAGGGCAGUGUGAGUGUCUUCCAGGCUACAAAGGGCUUCACUGUGACUCCUGUGAGGAGGGCUUUUAUCCAACCAGCACCCAUGUCCAAGGGCUCUGCGUAUCUUGUGGCUGCAACCCCCAUGGAGCCAUCAGCCCAACUUGUAGCAGCUCUGGGAAAUGCCAGUGUAAAGUGGGCAUUGGAGGUUCCAAAUGUGACCGAUGCCAAGAUGGGUAUUAUGGCUUCGAUGAGAAUGGCUGUCUGCCCUGCCAAUGCAAUAAUCAGUCUGUCACUUGUGAUGCCUUCUCAGGUACCUGUUUGAACUGCCAAGGAAACAGCAAAGGAGACCACUGUGAAGGAUGCAAAGAUGGUUUUUAUAAGAGUCCUACUGCCUUCCAUAAAUGUCUUCGGUGCCCUUGUUCAGCAGUGACAUCUACUGGCAGCUGUUUCAUACAUCCAGGGGAGUUGGUGCCUAAAUGUGAUCAAUGCAAAGAGGGUUAUACAGGCCCAAACUGCAAUGCCUGUGAAAAUGGCUAUUACAACUCUGACAGCAUCUGUAUAAAGUGUGAGUGUGGUGGUCAUGUAGACUCUAUUAAGACUCCUAAGAUCUGCAAGCCAGAGAGUGGUGAAUGCAUUGACUGCCUCCACAAUACUACUGGUUUUCACUGUGAGAACUGCUGGGAAGGCUAUGUCAGAGACCUCAAAGGAAACUGCUUCAAAAAAGAAAUUGUUGUUACUACGACUGAAGGGGCUACCACUUUGGUUUCUAAUGCCACUUUGUCUACAUCACCACCCACUGUGGUUGCAAAUAGUACAUUUACCCCCACCACUCUACAGCCCAUCUUUUCAAUGGGAUCUUCUGAAAACAGCACCUCAGCAUUAGCUGAUGUAUCAUGGACUCAAUUCAACAUCAUCAUUUUGACAGUCAUCAUCAUUGUAGUGGUCCUGCUCAUGGGAUUUGUGGGGGCUGUGUACACAUACAGGGAGUAUCAAAACCGAAAACUCAAUGCCCCCUUUUGGACCAUUGAACUGAAAGAGGACAACAUCAGCUUCAGCAGUUACCAUGACAGCAUCCCCAAUGCUGAUGUGUCUGGCUUAUUGGAAGAUGAUGGAAAUGAGGUGGCUCCCAAUGGACAGCUAACACUCACAACUCCCAUACAUAACUACAAAGCUUAAGACCAGAACAGAGUGAACCAAAUUCCUCUAAUGUUGUGAAAACUACAGUGCUUAUUGAAGGGAGCAGCAACAGCAACAGCAGCAGCAGUAGCGGUGGUGCCCAGGGGUAGAGCCUGGCCUUGCUUGCUUGCUGAAAAAGCAAAGGUGUGUAGUGGAUCCCAAAAUUUCAGGUAAAAAUUUGUAAUGCCUUCAGCCUGUCAUCCUUCAUUUCCCCAAGAAGAUCCAUAGAAUUCAUUGUUGUUAAGGACUUGAAGCAAAGUAUAUUUUUGUACCCAGCCAUGCAGGAGUGUGUAGCAAGACCAAACUCUGUAGUGAAUCUCGUAUCCAACUUCCUGAGAAGCUCCUGGGGAAGCCAGUGUCCAACAAGCAAUCUGCCACAGGAUGAUUGAUGUUUCUUUAGGAGGAAAAGGACUGUUGGAAGUCUUCAUAUACAUUCCUAAUACACAUUUCUUUUCAAGGUGGGGCAGGGAUGGAUCUCCAUUUUACUCUUCUGAGAGAUUUCAAUGAGAAAAAACUGAUGAGCCACAAGCAUUGCAAUAAGCAGUUCUCUAUUGUUUCUGGAAUCGGGGACAAAUGAAUCCUAAAGGAGAUUCCUGGAAAAAUUCUCCUUACUGAAUUAUCACCUAGUGAUAUAAUACAGUGCAGGGUGAGAUUCUUGGGCUGGAAGAGAGAAUGAAGCAGUAUCCAUGAUGAGGAAGCUGAUGGUCCCCCUCAGGGUCUCAGUUUGUUAUCAAUGCCCCAGCCUUCCUAGAAACAGUGUGUAUAUAGACAGUGUAGCAUAUCUUAUCAACAUUGCAUUUGUAACUAUUUGUAAAAAAAAUCAUGUCAUAUUUUAUCAUUUAGAAUUUAUUUGUACAGCAGAAGUUAGUGGCAUUGUAAAAAAGAAAAUACAAGAAUUGGUUAAAAUACUGUAAAAUAGAUGGCAAUAUUGCUGGAGCUGGGACUCUGGUAAAUAUCGAUCAUUUUAAGUCCCUCUAUGGACGUCAUGGGCAAUUUUUAAGAAGUUGAGUAUUUCUUUUCUAUUAUCUUCUCACCCUUCAGUCCCUCCUUCCUGCAGUUCAGCCUUAGAAUCACCCACCUUUUGACUUUAAAAGGAUGUGAAUAGUUAAAUAUAGUCAAGAAAUAAGGUUCGAUUUUGAAGUCAUGGGCUACCUUGGAUUGCAAAACCUUGUCACUUCUCAAAGAGAUACUAUCUCACCCUUUGUAAGCAUCUAAUUUUACAUCAUGUAGAUGAAUGUAAAAUGGUAGUUAAUAUAUAAAUUUCAUUUUGCUAGUAUCCUCCUGGAUGUAAAUGGUAGUCUAACGAAAGAAAUGGAGAAAUCCUCAUUUCAAAAGAAAUGAAAGGUUAUUGUCACAUCACCAGGGGCUCCUUCUAUUCCUGUCUGUAAAAUAUCUAUAUUUUGAUUUCCCCCCUUUCAAAAAAAAUGUUCUCACUCAAAUGUUUUGGGCCACUGUGCCAAUUUUGAUUUGCUUAUGAUGACAUGUAACAAGCUGUUCAAUUUGCAUGGGCUCUUUACUUCUCAUGCUGCAUAAUGGGGAAUUUGGGGCUGGGGCUGGGGCUGGAGGAAUAUAAAGUGCUAACUAACUAGAACAUAUAUUGGUCCAACCUUUCUUCACACAUCACUCCAAGAGUGACUAUAUGUAUGAAGUAGCUAUGCAGCAAAGUGUCCAAACACUGUCCCUACUUUAAGAUAUCCUUAGAAAUCAGGUUGCAAAGCAUAUUACAAAAAAGUAAAGUCUUGGCUGAAUGUAAGCCAUUUGGAAAUAGGUUUAAACCAUCAAUCAAGCUGAUUUUUUAAAAGAUUGAGAAGUAAAGGAAGAAGGAGCAGGAUAUAUAGGGAAAGGUCCUGGACAGACCUACAUCCUGACUCCUGCUCUGUGGAUAAUUAGCUGUAUGACUUAACUAAAUCACUAAACAUCUAUGAACCUGAAUUUCCUUAUCUCUAAGAAAAGACAAUUCAGCUGCAUAAACUCUAAGGUCCCUUUUAGGUAUGGAAUUCUUUGAUUCUAAGUACUGAUAUCAAUAAGCAAAAUGGAAUGAGCAGUGUGGCAAAAGGGGAAUUCAAGUAGACUUAUUUGGCUGGUUCAAAUAUAAGAUACUAAUUACUGCUCUGCAGAAGUUCUUCCAGGUCAGUCCCUUGACUUUGCUGGUAUUUUACUUGGUACCUAGUCUUGUUACUUACUGCCUCUGGCUCAAUAGCAGUUGCUUGGGGGAGAACAGAUGGUCAAUUUCUACAUUCGGUCAUGUCCAACAGAAAUAGGGGGAAAUUGCAUAGACAGGUGAAGUCAUCUGUAAGGAUUUUCCAUUGUUUUAGAGGAACAUGCCAUUGAUGAGCUCCAGUCUGUGGUUGGACUACACUGAAACUGAUGUUGAUUCUAUUUCUGAUACUAAUAAGAUGUCCACCUUGCCACUAUUAAAACAAAACAGACAUGAGAAGAAUUCAGUCUUUGCAAAUAGAAUUAAACCAGUUAGGAAAUGAGGUGAAUUUCGGUCUUCUAAAAGUUCAAUCCAGGCAGUCAGUACUUUUAUUCAUAUAUGGAUACCAGAAUAAAGCUCUUAAAAGGAACUAUAAACAAUUGAAUGUACUUAUCUACUACUUUCCUCAUUCCCUCAUACACACCAUUGUGUGUAUGUAACUCCAGCCAAUGAAAUAUCUUUUAAUGUUUUAGUAUCACCUAGCCUUGCUCUUAGAAAUGAUUCUUUAUUGUAAUAAUCAGUUAAAAUAUGAUCCAUAACUUACAAUAGUAUGCAAAAAACAAUUUUUAAAGUCAGAAGUCCUGGAGUUUAUAAUUUGACAAACUAACAAAUGAAUAUGACUUCUCUGCACAUCAUCAACUCCUAUAAGGGAAAAACUAUAGGAUAGAGAACAUGAUUUGGAAAGUCCAAUGGUUGGAAGGAUCCAGAUGUUAAAACCUUUAGGAAUUAGCAUAUCACUAAAUAUACAAAACUACCUUAUGUGAAUUUGAUUGGGAAAAGAGCAGAUGCUGACUACUACCAGGUGAUGACUUCAUCUCUGCCACCUCUGUCAUCAUUUCAGGAAGUAGAUUCCCAAAUGGGGUCAGGUCUAGGCAAAUUUGCUAAAUAGAUCAAUUUUAUCCUGAGUGUUUACUAUAUGCAAGGCAUUGCAUGCUCUGCUGAAUAUCAUUCACCUUUUUUUUUUGUUCUCGACCUUUUGGACCCCAAAUAUCCAGCAAUCUCCAGUCACUUGGCUUUUUCCACUUAUGGAGAACUCAUUCAUUGAUGAAUUCAUUCCAUUAUCUUAGAAACUCAAUAUGUUACCCACAAUCACAUGUUUGUGUUUUAAAAGAGGAUAGUGGAUGUUGGGGAUAGAAGGGAAAGAUUUUUGGAUUGAGGACAUUAAAUCAUACCACAUAUAUAAGUCUACUGUGCCCACCAUUCUGGCCUCAGAGAGCCUAGGAAAUUCACAUCCUGACUAGGAUUCUUCCUCUUAAUUAGGGACCUAAAGCAAUGACCCUUACUUUGCAUCUUGAAUUGAAAUUAACUCUAUAGGACAUUUAGUUUGGGCCUGUAGAGAUAAGAGGCCGGGGGUACUUCCUAGGAUAUUUGUUUAUCUAUGUUCUCAUCCCUCAAGGAAAUUCUUUAUCAAGGAACAUGUAUCAUCAUUUGAAUUACUUACCAUCAUAUACUGAGCAUCAUCUAGUUCAUGUGCAUUAAGAAAAUAAAACUCACUCAUUCAUGGAAAAGUUCUAAAAGGCAUUUCUUAGGGCAGAAAGGUUAGAAUAGUCCAGAGAAGGAAAAGAAACCCUGACAAGUAUUCCAAAAAUUCUUAGUAUGUGGAGAGAUGGUUGGUCUUAUUUGGGGGUUGGGGGGGAUUGGUAAUAGGAGGGUAAUUUAGAGGGGUGAAAGUCCACACUCUGAAUAUCAGCUGAUGUCUGCCCAGGGGAAAAGCAAGAGCCAUUUUCACUAAUAGGAACUUCUCUGAAAGAACCAAAUGAUAUCCUAGGGACCAAAGGCUUUUGCUCAAUAAGGUAUCAGUGGUUGAAUGAAGUAUUUUCCAAGGCUUUUGUCAUUGUAUCCUUAUUCCAUCAGAUGCAAGUCAUACUUACACAUACUAAAUAUCUUAUAGCAACUAAAAGACAUGAAGCCAGGUCCCAAGCCUAAAUCAAACUAAAUGAUUUAAAGCUAAAUUUGAUUUAAAGGCGCAAGAACUCUGCUAGUCAUCCAGUCAACUUAUUGUGAUAUAUGUGUCUCUGAAGCAACGAAUGAAUUUCUCUUUAUCUCACUAAAAUCCUAAUGCAGAUUUACAAAGAUGUCUCACACAUUUACUGUACUAGCUUCAAAAUAAAUUUCUAAAAAUGUGUAUGAUUUGAAUAUAUGAAAGAUUUAUACAAGAGUGUUAUUUAAAAUGAUUAAAAAUAAAUGUAUAUAAUUUGUACCUAUUGUA